UCUCUGCGGGAUGGAGGGAGGCUCACUGGCCGCCGCCUGCCGCCGCCCCUGCAAACCUCCAGAUCCAGGGGGUCAGUCGAGGAAAGGUGCGGGAGAGAGGAGACUCACCGGAGAACACGGGGAGCAGAUGCUAACUGAAACCACCACUUCCCAGACCGCUUCGCGUCAGCCCACUCUGCCAAAACACGUGCAACAACCGGAGAACUUGAACUACACUUUCCAGAAUGCUCCACGUCCGCCGGCCUCCGCAGAGGAGCGCCCAGGGCCAGAGACUCCGGACUACACUUCCCAGAAGCCUCCGCGUCCGCGCGCGCACGUACAAGCGGGCGGGACACUUCCGGUAAUGGGUGAGGACAGCCGAUCGCGGACAAGCUCUGUCCAGUGUGACAACUUUGUGGAGUGUGUGCGUGCCACGCAGAAAACCCAGAGUCCUGGGCAGCCAUAUCGAUUGCUGCAACAGUCAAUGUUGCUAAGAUGGCAACAUUCCGGUCCCAAACAAAACCAGAGCUGAUUCUAAAAGUUCCUGAAAAUCAAACUAAUGAAAAAACCAGUGAGCAGAGCCAGAGACAAAAGCAGAGGCCAAACCCCAGAUCUGAGAAGAUGGCUGGGCUGCCCUCCGUGCAUCAUGAAGGAAACCCAGUCUGUGCUGGCAGAACCAGUGCCAGGCACUAAAGCAGAACCAGAUGAAAGCAAGUCCAUUCUUUUCAUGUGGUCAUUGCU